AUGAAGCUUGCAGCAGUGGGCUUGAUCGUAGCCUCGUUCGCGUUGGCCUCCGCCUUCCCGUCCGACGGCUUGUCCUUCGGCAAUGCGCAAGCGAGGGCGAGCGCAGCGAGCGAGGCUGACGGGUACGGACGGUCCGUCUCUUACAGCGACGCCGACGCAUACGUCCGGAGCGGUUCCUACGGGUACGGAGGGGACGCAGCUUCUUAUAGUCGAGCCAGCGCCGCGGCUGACGCGGCGACGAAGGGGACUGGAGGGUCUUCCGCGCGGAGCGAAGCGGCCGCCUCUGCCCUGAGCGGUGCGUAUGGCACGCACGGUGCGCUGAGCGCUGCACAGGCUGCGUCUAGUGCGAAGACAGCGAGCGGAUCGGAAGGAGGGUACGCUGCCGCAAGAGCGACGGCGGCCGCUAACACGGUAAGCAGCGGGUACGGACAUUCCGCUGGGUCCAUCGCGCAAGCUAGGAGCGCAGCGAGCGCAGCGAGCGGGUCGCACGGGACACACGGCAGCGCAGUAGCGCAGAGCGCAGCGAGUGCCAAUACUGUGAGUGUCGGCAGAGGCGGGUACAAAAGCGGCAGAGCGUCAAAUGGACAGAGCGAAGAGAGUUCCGAGGAGAUCGAGUGUCGCAAACACGGACACAAGAUCGAACACCACGACGAUGGGAAGGAUGGUAAACGUAACGGUCACGUUUAUAGAACCGGCAAGGACGGUAGAUACAAAAUAUGGUACGAUAAGAACGGGAAAAUAUAUAUGAUAAGGUCGCCACAUUCCGUAGCCAUUGGACUGGCGACGUCCCAAGCUUCGGCAUACGGACAGGCGCAGAAAGUUGCUGGUGGCAAAUCGCACGAAGUAAAUUGGCAUGAUAAGUACAAGACAUAUGGCAUCAAAAAUAUGUAUAACAAGGGCGGAAAAUAUUACAAGCACGGUUCAGGCGAACAUGACGAUUCAAAAGAAUUGCAGGCUCAUUCAGGCGAGAAGAAAUACUAUACAAAUUACAAGAAAUAUGUACCCACAAAUACAGCGGUUUCCAUAGCACAGGCAGUAGCCAAAGCAAAAGCUGCGAGUGGGACGUACGGGAAAUACGGAAAGACUUCUUCUAAUGCAUACGCAGCGGCCGAUGCGAACGCUGUGAGUGGAACGUAUGGAAAGGACGCGUCCAACGCAAAUGCUGCGAGUGGGACCUACGGGAAGGACGGUACCGCUUCUUCUAACGCAUACGCAGCAGCCAACGCAAACGCUGCGGGUGGAACCUACGGGAAGGACGGUACUGCUUCUUCUAACGCUUACGCAGCGUCAAGCGCAAACGCUGUCAGUGGGACGUACGGGAAGGGCGGUACUUCUUCUUCUAACGCAUACGCUGCGGCCAAUGCAAACGCUAUGAGUGGAACAUACGGGGCGGACGGCACUUCUUCUUCUAACGCGUACGCAGUGUCAAACGCAAACGCUCGGAGUGAGACAUUUGGAAGUGGACACUCGUCAGCAUCUGCUAACAGCCAAGCAUCUGCUAUGGGCUCUACAUAUAGCUUGAGGAAACGAAGGGGAAUCAGCGAAAGCUUGGCUUCAGCAAUGAGUGAUUCCUUCGCUAUGGUGGAUGAUAAGGGAGUUGUUAGCUCCAUUUCUAGUGCCGCAUCUAAUGCUGCUGCUCUGGCAAAGAGUGAUUAA